AUGGUCCAGAGAUCAGAUUUCUUUUUUAGGACGCAAAACUACCCGGACCUCGUGGGCCUCUACACCGCCUGGAAAGAGCAGGCCGCCCCCCACCGAGGCGAGAUCAAGAAGUUCGAGCUCGGCCUCAUUUGCACAAAAUGGCUGCUGAGCACGCGGGAUCAAAUGCUGACCCCCGAGCACGUCAAGGAGUUCAACGAAUGGGUGCUGGCUAGGCAUCCGGAAUUGAAGGAAGAAAGCCACGAUGCCGAACCCGAAAACGCUGGAGACGUGACAACAAAUGAAGUGCAAAACUUGGAGGAGAACGAGCCUGAGCACGAGUCAUCAAUCCCAUCUACGUCUGCCGGCCAGCCCGAGAAGAAGCCGACCGUCAUUUCUGUCGCCACCUGUCCGGUCGGCCAUCAUUACCUCGGAUUUGGCGUUCUUGGCAUCCCGGCUUGGAAGAAGCGCAUCGGAAAGGAGUUGUCCAGGCUUCACGCAGACCUACCGGAGGGCAUUUUUGUGAUCACCUACGAGGAUCGUUUCGACCUGCUCUCCGCCAUCAUCACGGGCCCGACGAUGACCCCGUAUGAGGCCACCCCGUUCCUGUUCGACAUCCAUUUCCCGGAUCAGUACCCGGUCGCGCCACCAUUGGUCCACUACAAAGCCUUCUCCGAGGAGCAGCUUAACCCGAACCUCUACCAGGCGGGCAAAGUCUGCACGAGCCUGCUCGGCACUUGGGAUGGAGUGGGUGUCGAAAAGUGGGACUCGCAAAAGUCGAACCUCGUCCAGGUGCUCGUCUCCAUUCAGGGCCUGAUCCUCGUCCCGGAGCCGUUCUUCAAUGAGGCCGGCUAUGAGGAGCGAAAGAUUCUGCCGGGGAGCACCGACAACUCGAAGAGGUACAACGAGACGGCCAUGAUCAACUCGCUGCAUUACCUCAUCAAAAUCUACAACUCUGGCCCGCGUGAGAUGAUCGACGUCAUCCGGGGAGAAGUCCGAGAAAAGUGGCCAAUACUUCGCUCCGAAAUCGACAGCUGGCUGGCCGGCACCGAGCAGCCCGGCUUCCCGACGCUGAUGAGCAAGGGCUUCCAGAUUACGCUCGGCCGGAUGAAGCAGCGCAUCGACGAGAUGCUGGCCGCU